ACAGCCUGCCCAGCCAUGGCAGCCUUGCUGAGCCGCCCCUGCUUCGUCUCCCUCCACGUGCCCUACAGGCAGGGCUGGGCCCAGGACCUGGCCAAAACCUUUCGCUUCCAGCCGGUGGCCGUGCGGGAGACGCCACGGGUCCGGCAGCUGGCCUUGCGACGGGGAUCUGCCAUCUUCCUCAUCAACGAGCGCCUGGUGCCGGGGCCUGCCGGCGCCUCCUCCCGUGAUUUCCUCUAUGACGUGGACCCCCGGCCCACCUUGGGCACGGCCUCCAACAUCUGCUUCGAGGUGGACGAUGUGCCAGGGCUCUGCAAGCAGCUGCAGAGCCGGGGAUGCUCCCUGCUGGUGCCCCCCACCAAUGUGAGGGAUGAUGGCGGCUCUGUCACCUACGGGGUGGCAAGCUCCGUUGUGGGCAACAUCAGCCAUACCCUUCUGGACCGAUCCUGCUACCGGGGACCCUUCCUGCCUGGCUUCCAGCCCAUCCAAGGACCCCCCUCGGCCACGGGGGACGGAAUUGAGAUCACCCACUUCGACCACAUCACGUACGUCUGCCCGCGGGGCGGUGCCCGGGCGGCUCUGGCCUGGUACCAGCGCUGCUUCGGCUUCCGCCGCUUUUUGCUGAACCCGCAGGAGAGGCUGGCCGAGGGAUACGUGCUCGGGGGGCAGGGGGUGGGCAUGCUGCUCCUCGCACUGCAGAGCGCCCAGGGUGCCCCAGCACACGGCUGCAAGCUUGUCCUCGCCGAGUCCCUCUCGGAAGAUGGCACAAACCAAGUCGACACCUUCCUAGAGCAGCACCGUGGGGCCGGGAUCCAGCACGUUGGCCUCUGCACCACCGAUAUUGUUGCCACGACCAGGGCUUUGCAGCAGCGGGGUGCACGGUUCUUCACACCCCCCGCCACCUAUUACAGCCAGGAGAGCAAAGCGGAGGAGAUCCAGGGGGCUGGGCAGGACCCCCGCACGCUGGCAGAACUUGGCAUCCUGCUGGACACCACAGCUCCCGGGGACAAGGGCUGGCCGGGCACUGAUGCCGCAGAGAGCCCUUCCCAGGAGUAUUUGAUGCAGAUCUUCACCCAUCCCAUCUUCUCCGAGGAGACCUUCUUCCUGGAGCUCAUUGAUCGGCGUGGAGCGCCAGGCUUUGGGGAAGGCAAUAUACGGGCACUGUGGAAAGCUGUGCAGGUCUAUAUGGACCAACAGCAAUAGUGGCAACACUACAAUCCUCCUCCCUCAGCUCCCCAUCCUCUCCGGUCCAACCCUGGGGCAAUAGGCCGCUGUAGAGAUACCAGUGGGUGCCUGCGGCAUGGCCCAGGCGGGCAGCAACCAAGGGAGGUCUCCAGGUCAACCCAGAGCCAACUCAGUGUGGGAGCAAGUUGCUCAGGGCCAAGUCCAGCGGGGCUCUGAGCAUCCCCCAGGAUGGAGGGUGAUUUCUCCCCCUCCCUGGGUUCCCAGUGAUUUAUCAACCUCACGUGAAGAACUUUCUGCCUUUUCAUCUUAAUUUAAUGAGACUUGUGCCUGCAGCAUGGCCAAGAAUGCUGCUGGUACAGCAACACCCCCAGAUGUAGGGGGAUGAGGGGCUGCCAGAGGGGAGUGGGUAACCCAGGGGCCAUGGACAUGGCCGCUUAUCAAUGGUUACCACCCAGAGCACAGCCAGCCCCCAUAUGGGGCACGUGAUGGCCUUUUGCUCCUCUCAAUUAAAGAAUUA